GUGAACUUGGACAGCAAGUGUAGACUUCUCUUCAGUAAUUAGCUGAUCCAUGUUUCAGCAUCUUCGAGGAAAACCCAUCACGUUUAGCGCAUUUUUCUUGUAAAAAAUUACAUUUUACUCUCGGCUCCCUGUCAGCAAUGUGGGACAUCAGUGAAGCGUCUCUACUGGAUUAUAUCUAUUCCUCUGGAGGAAAAGUAAAAAAUUCAGACUUGUCCAAAACAUAUAAGCAUUUUAUAAACCAUAGCGAUUUGCAUCUACGUGCCAAAUACAGAGAAGAGUUCAAACUCAUCAUUGACAAAAUUGCUGUGGUGAAAUCUGAGAAUGGAGAGAAAUACCUCGUCCUUAAGAAGAAGUAUAGACAGUUGAUGCAAGAGCAAGAGUCUGGUCAUGGAAAGGAAGGAGAAUCAAGCAAAAACGUUCAUCAAACUCCUCAGAAUGAGCUUCAGGUCUCAAACCCAGUGCAGGAUCCUCAUCCAACAGACGUGGCUACAAAACAGAAGCCAGCACAGGUGGCCUGGUGCACAGGGCCCAUACUCACAGUCACAGAGGCCCCAGAACCGACCCAUGCACAUGAUGUGGAAGACAGCACCCCCUUACUACUAACAGCUGUAGAGAAACUGGAGGCACUGACGGAGGAACUGUCAGAAUCAGACAGAGAAGAUGACCUGGAUAAGGACUCAGGGUCAAAGAGUGAAUCAGAGCAUGAUGAGGAAAGUGGAGGCAGUUUGGGACCCACUGCAGUAGCUCUGGACCCUAUUGAGAAAGAAUGGAUUUUCUCUGCAGCAAGUGGCAAACUGUCUCACCUCACUCAGCUGUUGAAACAAGACUCUUCUCUAGCCAAUAAAAAGGAUUUUACCUCAUUUACCGCCUUGCACUGGGCUGCAAAACAAGGUAAAGCGGACAUGACCACGGUCUUAGCAGAUGCAGGGGCAGACAUCAAUACGAAAGCAGGAUACACACCUUUACACAUUGCAGCACUUCAUGGCCAUCGGCAUAUAGUUGACCUGCUUGUUAAUACGUACGGAGCAAAGGAGAAUCUGAGGGACUACAGCGGUCACUUUGCCUAUCAUUACCUCAAUAUACAAGAGACACAAUCAAACAAUCAAGACAAUGAACUAUCUGAAGCCAGCAAGUGCCACAGUCUAGUCCAGGCCAGCGAGCGCAGAAACAGAAAGAUCACGUCACUAUUUCACUCCAUGAAGAAAUGGGGAUCUGCAGAAGAGCUUGCUCCUGUACCAGAGGAGAGGACAGUUGCUCACCAACUCAUGCUACCUGCAUUCAGGCCCAGGAAGUUCUCACGGUAGACAAUGUGAACUCCAAAUGCAUUCAGUUCUGCUUUAACGCCACUUAGAUUAUGUAUAGAUCGAAUUGGACUUUGCUUUGUACUUUACAUUUCUCAGUUAAGACCAAACAUUCUGAGAUCACUAGUUUACAUGCUGCAAUUUUGCAUUUUUCUUAUUGAAUACAUUUUAUCACAUCAUAUAUUAUCAGCAAAACAACUGGAGUGAAAAGUUGAACUGAAAAUUUGACAUUCAUUUCAGAUUUCCUUAGUAUAUAGUAUGUGCCCCUUUUGCUUUAAUGAUAGCAUGCACUCGAGCUGCAUGGACUCCACCAGUUCGUGCAAAAUCUGAUGAUCCAUGUUAUCCAAAAUGAUUUGAGAAUGUUACAAAGGGCAUCUUGUGUGCUUUAAUGGAAACAAGGAAAUCUGACCUUUUGUGCAAAGGAGUUAACAUGGUCAAUGUCUCAAAUUUGCUUAUUUGAUUAUGGACCUAGACAAAGUGCAGAAAGUUAAAUAUUUAAAUAUUAAUACGAAGCGUUUUAAAACAUCACACGAUUCUAGUGUUUUAGCAAGUAGACAGAAUUCUUUUUCACACUUGAUUAAAGGCCAGUGCCUUAUCUUUAAUAGAGAUCAAACUUUGGAGAGUUUUUGAAGAGAGACCAAACUUUUUGAAACCAAAACUAGUUUUGUUUCGCUUUAUCUUCACCUUACAAAACCUUAACUUACAUCAGAACAGUUUACGGUUAAUACAGACGUGACUAAAAGACAACAUGAAUUUUAAAAUUGACAAUAGUUACUUUCUUAAUAAAUGUUCCUGGUCUUACUGUGGAUGAUUUAGCAGUGCAUGUUAUUCUAAUUUAUAUAAUUUUAUAUAUAUAUAUAUAUAUAUAUAUAUAUAUAUAUAUAUAUAUAUAUAUAUAUAUAUA